AUGGUAGGCCUGCCCAUUGUGAUCGCCGUGGCCGUAGGGUGUUCGGCCUUCCUCAUCGUCGGUGCCAUAUUGGGGGUGGUGGUAUGGUGGAGGAUGAGACAAGACCGUCUUUCUUUGGCCAUGGCUCAUGCUCGCCAGACCAUCACCCACCAGGGUCCCGCGUGCAGUAGUUUUGUGACAGAGUCUCCAAUCGAGUCUCCGCUGCCAACAUAUCCAUAUCCAUACCUACGUCACGAUUAUAUACCUAUUGGCUCCCAGGAAUCGAUUCAGCCUUGGGCACCGGCUGCCAAAAAGUCUUCGCCCCCGACGCUGAAGAAGGAAAAGUCCAAAUCGAUACGAAGAUCAAUCUCAAAGUCCUUGUCAAAAAGUCUCUCAAUCGGGAGGAGCAAUCAAAAGUCGCGCCAGCCGGACCCGAUGCCUGUCUCGCCCUUGGAUGAAACCUUUCUACCACCUUUCCCCAAUGCGAAAGAAAAAGAACCAAAAUCUGCCAUUGCUGGCUUUUCAGAGCUUCCUACCGAAAUCACCCCUCGCAACACACCGGAAAGGGAAAGAGAUGAUGACAUACAGCUGGAAAUUCUCAAUAAUCGCCCUAGUUCCACGGCAUGGCCUCUACUUCAACAAGAUCGCAUUUCGUCCGUCUCGGGUGGUCAAGCUACUCUUUUUAACCGCUAUCCGUCGAGGCUUCGCAGUGGAAGUAUCACCGCUCAGACUGCUGGAACGGUCCCAGAGAUGCCCAUGCCACCACCACCCGUCGGCCUUGCUCAGCCAUACCAGUUAUCUCAUGAAGACUCGUUGAUGGGUAUGUCAUCAUUGAGUUUGGAAACCGCCAAUAGCUCCAUCCUAGACGACGGCCUUCGGAGAUCAAUGUCGGUGGAUGGAGAACACAGCCACUCGCCGUCUUUACCACCAUGCCCUACUUUCACACCCUUCAGUCCGUAUGACAUCGUAAUCGGUGGCAGUGUCGCACGCAACUGUGCAUCAGAAAGGCGAUCACAAGCACAAAGACUAUCCUCCUCCACUGCUAGGCUCACCUACAUGUCAGCGGAAUCGGAUGAUAGGGCGUCUCCUCGGAGAAGUUUGACAACCCGAGAAGUAUCCCCCCAACCGUCUGGGUGGACUGCUAGUGAAGUCCCACGCAGAAGUGAAACUGUGUUUUCAUCAUCUUCGACCGGGCGUUUAAGCAGCCGUCCAGCAAGCAACGUUUCGGCCUCGAGUCCAAGCGGCAGGUAUUCAGCUACUGGACAGGGGCUGUACUCUCGUCAAGAAUUCGGUACACAAAGCCAUCAACAAGCGCGAUAUUCCAUGUACGAGACGCUACAAGCGAAGGAAGAAAACAACUCUUCUUUUAGUAAAAGUGUGGGAGAUCGACCUCGGUCUAUUCAGACACAGAGUCCUAAGGCUACAAGAGACAGUCCCGGAAGGGCUCCUCUGCCUUCCGCAAUGAAAUCAGCCCAAAGCAUGCGCAAAGGCCAUCGGAGACAAAACUGUGUUCGAAUUUCUAUCCACCCUCCCAUCACGUUUGGUGGACCAGCUUUCUCGCCUAUGCUUGAAGAGCCAGAAGAAAUUUUGGACUUGGAGAAGGAUUUUGCCGUCCCGAAAUCACAACAUCAAUCAACUCCGUUAUCUGUUAGAAGGACAGAGUCAAAGUACCAGCCAAAACAUGGCCGCCAUCGCUCAACUGGGUCCAUUUUAGAGGAGCCUGUGAUUCUUGCUGAUUCCGCUGGCAUAAAUUCACGUAUUCCACGCCCGAGCUCGUCCAAAAAACGUCCACACUCGCGGACCAGUUCUGCUGACGAUGUUUUCAUGUCCGAGAACCGAGUCAUCAUACCUGACCGCAGCCCCGGUCCAGUUCCUGAAGAAGACCACUCUUUAUCGAGCACUCCCUCGCCCGAGAAACACGAACCGUUGUGGUGUUUGCCUCAUUCUGAUGCAUUUGUCGGAUGCUCGCCCAUUUUACCGACCAACGCAUCAACAGGAAGUCCUCGGCGGCCUGCGCCCAGGGGGCCUCGCAUUCAGCCUAUAAGAUCCCAGAGAAACACCGUCCCGUCUCCUUCAUCAUCACAGCCUCUUGCGAACGGCGUCUAUACAUUCACAGCAGGAUCAUCAUCCAGUGAUGGAUCUCCGACAUCCAAGGUCGGCCGAUCCCACACACUCGCAGCAUCCCCAACGAAAGAUGUACGGAAAUCCAUCACACUUCUGCGACGCAUGAACAGUGAAGCCUGGGACGACGAGUCGAAGCAGUAUCGACGCAUGGGUCGAAAUGCUAGUCUUACGAAACCCAGGAUCAACAAAUUCUCAACCCCUCCGCAAAGUAACCGCAGCUCCAUAAUGAGCAACGAUAGCUUAACGAUAUGGGAAGACGCGAGCGAAGACGAUGCUUCCACACCACCACCCGCCCGCCGAAAGAAUCAUCGGUUCAAAAUACUUGAACGUAUCGAUUCAGAAGGCGCAACCGAAGAGAACAUGAGCAACGCUUCUGCUCAGCGUCAGCAGACUAUCCGCCAGGUGCCCCUAAGUAGCAGUAUUGUCACUUUUGGAGACAACGAACGCCAUGUCAAAGCAAGCAGCGACAAUGGCACUGAUGAGAUUGUGAAUAAACCAGCUAAAAGGGCGUCGGUCGUAUCAACUCCUAAUGCUAAAGCUCACGGGUACGGAAUUAUGUCGUUGACACCAGGGAGCUUAUAUGAUGGAGAUGGAUUUUUGAAGGAAUAA